AUGCCAAUGUUGGGGGUGGAUCCAAUAGCCCAGCUCAAGUGCAUCUACGCCAAUGCACGCGGCAUGGGCAAUAAACAGGAGCAGAACAAUGGCUACCAAACAGCCAUUGUGCUGCAGGAUAGCUAUGACUUGGUCGCUGUCACAGAAAUAUGGUCUGUUAAUCAAAGUGCACUUGUUCUAUUUCUUCUAGUGCCUUCACCAACACAGAUUGCCAUAACAUCCGAAAAUUUCAAAACUAUCUUGCAUUGGCAGUACCCACCUGUGUCUGAAACUCCUCGUUUUAUUGUGGAAAUCAAACCUUACAACUUAGGUUACUAUAACAUCGUCUCAACUUGUGUGAACAUUUCAGCUCAUUUUUGUGAUGUCUCAAGGGAAAUACGUGACCCUUUUGUGUCUCACUGGCUUCGAGUGAAAGCUGUUGUUGGGUCACAACAGUCUGAGUCUGUUGAGACCAAUGAGUUUAUUUUGCAAAAGCAUGGAAAAAUAGGACCACCAAAACUGAAUCUCUCAAGGCAUGGUGAUAAAAUCAUGGUUGAUAUUUACUAUCCUGCAUUCCCAUCUGUGGAGCUUGUUCCUUGGAUGGAAGAGAUUUAUUCAGAGCCUGUGUACGUGGUGACUUUUUGGGAUAGUAAAAAUCAGAGUAAAGAAGAGUUCACUGAAGACAACUGUACAAUAUAUGAAUGUAGCCUCAACAUCCCAGUUCCUGCUGAAGGUUCCACUUACUGUGUUUCAGCGAAGGGAAAUUUCUAUGGCAGCCUGAUGGUUGGCACCCCAUCAGAAGAAAGCUGCAUUCAUGUUCCUUUCAAGCAGACAUUGAGCAUGCAAUAUAUCAUCAUUCUGUGUGGUGUUACUCUGAGCCUGAGUCUAAUGUUGACAGUAUGUUGUGGCUGCAAGAAACUAAGGAAGAAGAACAUAAAGCUGCCUAAGUCUUUGGUCAGUGUGAUAAGAAACCUGAAUACAGACAGCAUUCUAGAAUCAAAAUCGGAGGCAAAAUACGUAUCUGUAAUGAGCUUCACGCCAAGCCAGUCAGAGUUGCCAGCGAAUGAAGUAACCUCACUGGCGGUAGAGCCAAAAGAAGACAUUGUUAGUCCUGAGAAUUCCAGUGAAGGAGCAUCUUCUGUUCUUCCCCCAGAGGCACCAGCCAAAGCAGAAGAGGUGUCUGUGCAGGAAAGCACAGAGGAGGUAUCUUCUGAUGACGAACAGAAUCAUAAAGUAAAAGAGAGUUAUUUCAUUUCUGACGGUAGCCAAAUGGAUAUAUGCAGUAACUCUUCAGGUCCAGAGGUUUCUGCAACAGAAAUAAAACAAACAGUCGUACCAAGCAGCUGUCUCAAGUUUUCUGGCUAUGACAAGCCUCAUGUUCCAUUAGAUAUGUUGAUAGAUGUUGGUGAAGAACAGCCUGUGAUUGCUUACAGGCCGACUGACUAACCAGGAUAGCUGAAGUGUUUAACCAGAACUGAGGGAGAACAGCAUUACUGAAGAUUAUGGAAAGUCUGUGUUGUAUUACGAACAUCUAUAAGUUGUACUUUUCUGAUCCAACCAGAGUAACUAGUACACAACUUAGUACAGCAGGAUCUUGAAAUGGAACUGAAAGUAGUGCCUGAGAACAGCAUAAAAAGUGGGGGGAAAUUUCAUAAUAACCACUUUAGAAGUGUUUGUGUAUAUGACAUAAUUUACUAUUUCCUAUUUGAAAUAGAGCUCUUUUUUAACAGUACUCUAUGGAGAACAGACUUCAUGGAGGAGUAUAAAACAGCAGCUGUAUCAUUAUUCCCCUCUGUUUCAAAUCCUUUUUAAAAUUAAUUCGAUGAACAUAAUGCUUAAGUCCUUCACUUGGUUACAAUAGAGAUGUGCCAGAAAUAUUUUGAGAGUUUUUGCCUUUAUUGGAGAUAUUAUCUUGCUUGUCUUUUUCUUUUGAAGAGUAUUUUUGUAUUAAACAAAAUGCUACUAUUUCGUUUAAGUAAGAAUAUGCCUGUAACGUUUUCCUGUAUAUCUUAAGAAUUUGACUCCAUGGCCAAGAACCAGUUAUUUAGAGUCUUUUCUGCAAUAGAAGUAUGUCCUUCCAGGAUGGUUACUUUGUACAUGUCGGUGAGAAAAUUAUAGACUUCGUCCUUUAUAACAUAAGUGCUGUGACUAA